GUUUACAUCACCCCUUUAGGCCCACUUGCCCCCGCCGAACAUUCAAUGCACUCGGUGAAAGCAAUCAAAUUUAGCAAGAAAAAUGUUCUAUAGCUACCAAAACAGGUAUACAUACAUACCUGCUGGAAUUGUGAAAUUAUUGGGAACCACAUAAAAUAAUACGCACUUGCCAGAGAAGUUGCAGUUUGCUGUCGACAAACGAAUGAACACACUCGAAAGUUGUCGCAACAAGACAAAUUGCAAUGCUACAGUCCUUCAAGCAGUUAUUUCGGCAAACGGAGAGUGCCAGUAAUGAUGACAAUGAUGCAGAAUUAUAUCAAAUAUGGCCAAAACGGGCGUCAGUUUUAGAGUUUAGUGCUUUCGGAAAAGAAUUGCUGCAGAAAAGUGCCACUGUACCUAGGCCAGAUGCAAAUAAAAUCACCAUCAAAAGUUUUAUGGAAACAUCGGCGGAAUUUCCAUUGAAGUUCGGCACAGAUGCAUGCCGAGUGAUGAAUCAGCCAGAAGAGCGUUAUCCAGCGAUAGCUAAGCAAAUUGCUUCUACCUACCCGGUAAUACAUGAGCGUGUUUUGUGGUUGUAUCUGGCAUUCUUGGAACACAAAUGCAAAUACGGUACCAAUAUCGAACGCGCCUUGUAUCAUGGCAUGUCCCUGACAGCUUUCGUGCAGCGUUUGCUGGAGAAACGCUGUGCAUCAUUUGUAGGUCCGUUGGAUCAUUAUCUAUUAAUUAAUGGUAAAACUGGCUUAGGCAAAUUUUAUGACGUAGGCACCAUCAAUGAAGAGGCGCCAUUUCUACUAAAAGAUGUGCUGAGCUAUGAUGAAAUGAAGCUUUCCGCUUUCCUAUCAGUCUCUUCAUUUACCGAAUUUCUAAACGAUGGAAACCGAAAAAAUGCUGGCGUCAUUGAGGCAGAUAAAUCGAAAAUCGAACGCGAGGGUGUUAUUGUCGGCAUAAUUGGUGCACGCUUCCAAGCUCGCGAAGCAAUGGAUUGGCAGGACACUAUUAUCACCAGCGAACAAAAUCGUAAAGAGCGUGGUUAUGGUUAUACGCCGCAGCAAGCCAUGCUUUCCACAAAUUCCGUUGUUGAUUAUCGCCGUAUGUGGUCGCAUUUUUAUGAACAGCAAGAUUUAUUAUAUAGCAACAUUAGUGGUCGAGAGUCCGCGCGUUUCUACAAAAUUCCGAAUACAACAUUCAUUUUCGACAAUCUCAUGAUGAAGAAACGCAAUGCAAUAUCCUUUGAUACAAUACUUUUGGAGGCGAAUGCACGCGGCAUUGCCGCUAACAAGCAAGUUUAUUUACAUGUGGUUGGCAUUGGCUUGGGGGCUUGGCGCGCCGUGCAGCAUCAGGAUAAAAUAUUCUUGGAAACUUUUGGUGAACGUUUACAAGAGCUACUGUCAAGCUUAUCACACAUAUCUGUUGUGCACUUUUCCUACUUUGGCAUGUCCUCCUGGGCUCAGCUUGAGGAUGGUGGUGUCAUUGCUUCGCCAAAGCAUCCCUCUGGCGGCAUAAAAAUUUUUCUUAGCAACAGAAAUCCUGCACAGAAAUUAGCACCGGAAUUCGAGAAUAUGCUGGUGGUGGAGUCGUAUGCUUGGGAUGGCAAUGCUUUGCCAGGCAAUGAAUUCUGGCUUGGUUCGCUUACCUCUUCCGGCGACCCUGCUGCCGCAUGCAGUACACUCAUCACAGAGCUACAUAACCCACAUAUCAAUACAAGUAUGGUAAAUGGCGCAAAUGUGCAUGUGGCAACAGAACUUUACAGUGUUUUGCAUAUCUCUGAGUAUGCGAAGAAAAUGUGUACCUAAAAAUUUUUCUACGCAACAAUCCAUACUAAAAUGUGCUUCCCUGUUGGCAAUAUGUGUUCGUUAAAUUUUCUUAUAACGGCUUGAUGGUAAAAUAUAAAAGUAUUUAU